AUGUGAAGGAUGUUCCACAGUGCGCUUUUAGGAUCUCUGGCAGUAACAGAGAGUUUGGAUCGGAGGAAGUGCAUCUGUAAUCACAUAAGGAUGGUAAUGGAACAGCUGGAGGAAGUCCUCAGUGAGCUGAAGGAUGUGGCUAGAGAGCUUAGAGAGGUAGUGGAUCAAAUUGACAAACUGACAGCAUACGUUGAUUUGGACACUGAAGAGGACACAGAGGAUGACAGAUUGUCCCUGGCUUGCAGUAGAAACAGCAGCAAGAGUGCACUGGGGAACCUCUUCAAAGUUGAGGCUUAUUCUGAUAGCAAUGGCCUAACCCACGUUUUACACAACUCCAUUUGCGACUCUGCUAAAAUAAAAGUACCAGGCCUGUACCGACGGAGUUGUGGAGACUUACCUGCUCUAAAUGGACCCACGUGGCCAAAUGCUUCUUGGCUCUUUGGCAGUAGGAAUGAAAUGCAUUCACGUGACAGUAUAGAUCAUCAUGCUCUGUGCUGUGAUGAUGAUUUCGAUGAAGAAAGUGGUGACAGGAGAUCUUCUAGAUUCUCCUGUAGUGACUCUGUGUUUUCAUCCUCUCCUCAGCGGCCUUUGAAGUUAGGGGCUUUGACAACCACAUCAGUCUGUAAAUAUCACUUGAGUCCAGGUUUGAAGAAAAAAGCACUGCGGAGCUGCAGCACUCAAACAGUUUCCAAUAAGAGCACACAGACUGGGUUACCCCAUAGUCCUGCAAGGCAACGAGCUGAAUCUGAACAUAAGAACUAA